AUGUCGGGCCCGCCAAAGCUCUCGUUCGGGCUCAACAAGAACGCCCUCCCCCGACAAGCACCCAAGAAGCCUCCACCGCCCUCUCGAGCCCGCCCCGUCUUUGGCGGCGACGACGACGACGAUGCUCCUCCUCCCGCUCCGCUCGACACCUCGCGUGCCAAGAACCGCCCCGCCGUGUCGACUGCGACCCUGUCCCGCCAGCAAAAGGCAAAGCAGCAGGCCGAGCUCGCCCUCGACAGCUCCGUCUUUGAAUACGACGAGGUGUACGACAACAUGAAGGCCGCCGAGAAGUCGGCUCAGGCCCUGCGCAAGGACGAGGGCGCAGACCGCAAGCCCAAGUACGUCUCCAAGUUGAUGGAGACGGCCGAGCUGCGCAAGCAGGACCGGCUGCGCGCCGAGGACAAGAUGAUCCAGCGCGAGCGAGAGCGCGAGGGCGACGAGUUUGCCGACAAGGAGGCGUUCGUCACCGAGGCGUACAAGCUCCAGCAGGCAGAGCUCCGAGUCGCCGAGGAGGAGGAGAAGAAGCGCGAGGAGGCCGAGAAGAAGAAGCGCGGCGGCAUGACGACCUUCUUCAAGAGCUACCUCGACACGACCGAGGCCGCCCACGCCGCCGCUGUCGCCGCCGCCGCCUCGGCGCCCAAGGUCCCGCUCGGCCCCGCGCGACCGACCGACGACGAGCGGCAGAAGACGGACGUCCAGGUCGCGGCCGAGCACGAGGCCAAGACGGGCCGCCGCGUCGAGCUCAACGAGGACGGCGAGAUCAUCGACCGGCGCCAGCUCAUGUCGGGCGGCCUCAACGUCGUCGCCAAGCCCAAGCCGUCGUCGUCUGGCGGCGAGAGCACGGCCGGCGGGUUCGCCGUCCCGAUCUCGGCGCGCGCGCAGCCCAAGCCGGCCGGCGGCGACGGUCCGGGCGGCGCCGAGUCGCUCCUGCACCCGGGCGUGUCGGCCGCCGAGCGCAAGCGGCAGGCGCGCGAGCGGCAGAGUCGCAUGGUCGAGCAGCAGAUGCUCGAGCUCGAGCAGCGGCGCAAGCGCGAGGCCGAGGAGCAGCUCGAGCACAAGGUGCAGAAGGUGGCCAAGCGCAACGACGACGACAAGGUGGCGGCGCUCAAGCGGGCGGCCGAGGAGCGCAGGAAGAAGCGUCUCGAGGAAGCGCAGAAGGCGUCGCAGUAGUCCCCCUCUCUCUCUCCUUGUUG